AAAACAAAACAAAAUCAGAUCAUCGCGCCAUUAGCAGAAGCUCAGAGAAAAGCUUCACUCGGAAGAAUAACUCAGAGAUGGCGAAGCAUCCUUCUGCGAUUGAGAGAUCAGUGGCUUCGUCUCUUCUUCUCCUUUCCUAUGGACCUGUGGUCUUCUCACCCACAAGGUCGGAAUCUGUAGAGGAAUCGAGCUAUGUGAGGAAGUGGUGUGACGAAGGUAGCUCGAACCUGAGCUUGAUGUUGGGAUCUAGCGGAUCGAGAUCUUGUGGCUCGGCUUUGUCCAGCGAUGGUUCGUUUGGGAUGAGCGAGGAUCGCGGAUUCAAAAUCAAUUAUACUGGAGAUCCGUUUCAUCUCAUGAAUUUCAAGACAGCGAGAAAACGCCGAUCUCAGGUCAUUUGGGGAUCCUUCAAUUUUAAGCCAACACAUUUGAUGAUGAAUCCUGCGUGUGAUGUUCUCUCAACAUGCUCUGUUGAAUCCAAAGAUGAGUCAUGCUUGUCAACUGGUUCAAGCGAGGUUUCUAGCGUAGAAAGCAGAAUCAAAGUCAGGAAUCAGAAAAGCAAUGAGAAGCUAAGAGGAGUAGGGAAGAAGAUGAAAGAAAGUAGCAGGUCGAGUUCUAUUCGCCGUAGAGCCAAAGACAUCUUGGAGUUUCUUUCCUCUGAAUCUUCUUCCGAAGUUCAUAUCCGUCAGAUUCUUGGCGACAGUCCCGAUACCAGCAAAGCUCUCAGAAUGUUGUUGAAGAUGGAGGAAGUGAAGAGGUUUGGCACAGGAGGAAGACUUGAUCCCUUUAUUUACAAGAUUGCAUGAAAGAUUAAGACAUUAAUGCUGGAGGCAGGUAAUACUUAUAUCCCCUUCCCCACUAUCUAGUUAUAUACAGUUUGGUUUGAUCCUGAUUUGGGCUAGGACAAUGAAAACUAUAACGGGAUUACGGGAGUUAUAUAUAUAGCUAGAUAUAUAUGGUCUAAAACGCUCGCUUUAUAAGAAGUGGCUCUGUUAAACAGAUAAAUAACUGAAGUAACCAUAUAAAAUAUAGAAACCGAUGUUAGUUAAUAAGAUAUCAUGCUUGUCUGCUUGUGUGAACCUCGGCCUAUUGGUUGAUUCCUUGUGAGCU